GCUCCUUAAGUCCGCGGGCCGGCCGGGGGCUGCUGGGACUGCGGAGCGCGGUAGGCGAUGGCGGAGCCGGCUGCCAACCUGCCGGAGACUACUGCGGACCGCUCGGGGUCUGCCGAUGGCUCGGGAUCCGCAGGGGAUGUGUCCAAGACGGUGGGGGACCCGCUGGCGCCCGCCCCGACCCAAACUCUGGGCGCGCUGCUAGGCCACCGCGUCUAUGCGCGCCGCUGGGUCUUCCUGCUGGUGGUCAGUCUGCUCAGCUGCUCCAACGCCACGCUCUGGCUCAGUUUCGCACCCGUGGCUGACACCAUUGCCGAGCACUUCUCCCUGUCCAUGGAGCAGAUCAACUGGCUGUCAUUGGUCUACCUCGUGGUGUCCAUCCCAUUUGGCAUAGUGGCCAUCUGGAUCCUAGACUCUGUUGGGCUUCGCUGGGCGACCAUCCUGGGUGCAUGGCUGAACUUCGCUGGGAGUGCGCUCCGCUCCGUGCCCUGCAUGACCCGUGAGAAACUGUACCCAAUUGCUUUCCUCAUGGGUGGCCAGACCAUCUGUGCCCUGGCCCAGACCCUGGUCAUCUUCUCUCCAGCCAAGCUGGCUGCCUUGUGGUUCCCAGAGCACCAGCGGGCCACAGCCAACAUGAUCGCCACCAUGUCGAACCCCCUGGGCCUCCUCGUGGCCAAUGUGCUGUCACCUGCCUUGGUGAAGACGGGGGACGACAUCCCCAUAAUGCUUGGUGUCUACGUCAUCCCUGCCGGCCUCACGUGCUUGCUGGCCACUGCCUGCCUCUGGGAGAGCGUGCCCCCCACCCCGCCCUCUGCCGGGGCUGCCAGCUCCACCUCGGAGAAGUUCCUGGACGGGCUCAAACUGCUGGUACGGAACAAGGCCUACGUCAUCUUGGCAGUGUGCUUUGGAGGCGGCAUUGGCAUCUUCUCCAGCUUCUCGGCCCUCCUAGAGCAGAUCCUCUGUGUGAAUGGCUACUCUAAUGAGUUCUCGGGUCUCUGCGGGGCUCUCUUCAUCAUGUUUGGGAUUCUGGGGGCACUGGCUCUUGGCCUGUACGUGGACCGGACCAAAUGCUUCACUGAGGCCACCAAGAUAGGCCUCUGCCUAACCUCCAUGGUCUGCGUGGCCUUUGCCCUGGUGUCCCAGAUGCGGGGACAGACCCUGGCGCUGGCAGCCAUAUGCUCGCUCUUUGGGUUCUUUGGCUUCUCAGUGGCACCCGUGGCCAUGGAACUGGCCGUCGAGUGCUCCUUCCCUGUGGGAGAGGGAGCUGCUGCAGGCCUGAUCUUCGUGCUGGGGCAGGCCGAGGGCGUGCUCAUCAUGUUACUGUUGACGGCACUGACUGUGCGUCGCGCGGAGCCAUCUUUCUCCACUUGCCGGCAUGGCGACGUCCCGCUGGACUGGACAGUGUCCAUGCUGCUGAUGGCUGGCCUGUGCACCCUCUUCAGCUGCAUCAUGGUGCUCUUCUUCUACACUCCAUACCGGCGCUUGCAGGCGGAGUCUGGCAUGUCCUCCUCCACCCAGGAAGUGUGCCCAAGAGCUGAGGACCAUCCUGAACCACCCCUGAGGACCUGACAUGGAACCCCCAGCUGUUCGCUGCUGGAAGCUCAGGGGCAGCUCAUUCUUAGAGGGAGUUCUCUUCUAGGAGCCCCAGGACUUGGAGAGAUUAUGACCAGAGAUGUCUCGUGAAGGAGAGGUGGGAGAGGCAGGCUUGGGUUACCUUGGCUGGCCAGCUACAGCUGAGAGCCUGUGGCAGAGAUCUGGGGUCCUUUGCGUACCCAGUGCAAGGCAGAAUGGCCCUUGGCCCCAGGACAGAGCAUGUGGCUACAGCAAGAAGAGCUACCGCUGUGUGGACAUUGACCUGGCAGGACUCCUGUGGCCAGGCCAGACCCAGAGUGGCUGGGGGGGGGGGGG